CGGUAAGCAAAAUUCUAGAGAGGGGAGAGUAAUGAUCUGGAGUCAGUAUUGGCACGUUUAUCAACGUGGUACGUAGUUUCUGUAGAUCAAAGGAGUUAUUUGGAAUUGCUCAGCGAAGAGAAUGAUGACAGUGGAGUUACUCUUGAACAUAACUCUUUUAAUACUGACCCUUGGAUGUAGCUAUUCCUGUCCAUUUUCGGGUUCCUUCCACACGUUGUGCAUUUACAGGUCAAGAGCGUGUCCCGGUAAAACACUGAUACGCAGUAACAGGCUAACAAUACAUCAUAAGCGCCAGAUAGUUGGAGAACAUAACCGUCUACGUGCUUUGGUCGCUAGAGGGCAGGAACGUGGCUUACCAGCUGCCUCUAACAUGCGUAUGAUGACUUGGGAUGAAGAGCUGGCACAGAUUGCUCAGAGAUGGGCGGAGCAAUGUAUCCACAAACAUGAUCGGAACAGAAACGUGGGUAGGUUCCGAGUAGGUCAGAACAUCGCUUAUACAAGAACGUACGGUUACGAAGAUGCCUUUGCUGACAAUCCAGACUGGCCGACUCAAAUCAAAUCCUGGUAUAGAGAAUACUAUCGUUUUGGAUUCAGAAGGCAGUACAUUAGUCCGUUUAAGUUCAAAGGUAGCACCGGUCACUUUACACAAGUGAUCUGGGGAAGUACUUACAAAAUUGGCUGUGGAUAUACUUAUUAUAGAACGCCAUCUCGCGGCUAUACCAAGUUGUAUGUAUGCAACUAUGGUCCAGGAGGAAACACCAUUGGAGAUACGAUGUAUGAAGUAACUUCAAAACCGAGUUGUACACGCCUUGGUUUGAGAUUUUCUUUUCAGUUUCCUGGUUUGUGUGAAACUGACGGAAAGAGUUAUACUGCUCUGACCCUGGCAAGAAAACACUCGAAAAAUCGGUCUUAAUCCUCCAGACAACAUUACGUGUUUGUUCUGUCAUUGUCACAGCUACUCAUAACGACAUCUGAUCGUACUCCUAUUUUAGCUUCUAGUAAACGUAUCGCUAGAUUACAGUUUUGACACCAGACGGUUCUAUGCCACUUCGUGCUCACUGUUUACUGAUAAACAUUAAGUCACAGCAUUAUCUCGGAUAUUCUAUAUUAUUGGAAGUAUAAGUGAUGCUGGCGUCAGUCUCCAUAUUUGAAGGUGUAACUGGAUAAUCUUUUUCAAUUGUAACGUGCAACCACUGCAGCUAUGAAAAGGAAUCAAA